GCGCUGAGCGGCAGCACUGCACCUCCAACACUGUUUCCACCUCUGAGCAAAUCUCUGCCUAUCGUCUCUACUUUGCUACUGAACGCAGACUCGUUCUCAUCGGUACAUGCAACUGAUACAACUCUCAACGCACGACACGACCCGGGAAACUGUCUGACGCGCGGCGACCGUCUCGCGUUCUUUCCUCGAGGUGCGACUCUACUUUGCUUCUCAUGCUUCGCGGUGAUCUUCGCUCGCCUGUUUCGAAAAGUUUCAGUUGUGGGGAUAAAAGGACAGCUAAAUCUUCCAAAGGGAUUUUUUUAAACAACGUGGAGGACCGUCGAGGAUGAGCUGCCAGUGAGAGCGACCCACGAUUCUGCCAGAAAGUCGACAGCGCAAAAGUUUGCACCACUCUGCCCAUACCGUUUACCCCGUCUCUCUUCUCUCCACUCCUCCCCCAUACCCCUCUGCUCUCGCCCCUAACCCCCACUCCGCCCAACCACAGCCCAGUCUCCAAAAUGGACUUGCACCGGGCAGCUUUUAAAAUGGAGAGCUCCUCCUACCUGCCCAACCCGUUAGCAUCCCCGGCGCUAAUGGUGCUAGCAUCAACGGCGGAGGCCAGCCGCGAUGCCUCCAUCCCCUGCCAGCAGCCUCGCCCGUUCGGCGUGCCAGUUUCUGUGGAGAAGGACAUUCACCUCCCCUUCAACAAUGGUUCCUACACGUUUGCCUCCAUGUACCACCGGCAGGGCGCUGUACCACCAGGCUUCCCAAACAGGGACUUCCCUCCUUCCCUCCUACACCUCCAUCAUCAGUUUGCCCCACCAAAUCUGGACUGCUCCCCCAUAAGCAUGCUCAACCACAGCGGCGUUGGGGCCUUCCGGCCCUUCGCUUCUCCUCUGGAGGACCGUGAUGGAGUGGGAGGUGGAUACCAGUCCGCCUUCACCCCAGCCAAGCGGCUAAAGGGCUGCCUGGAGGCUGAGGCCUCUCCGCACCUGCGCUACUCGGACGCAGAAGGGAAAGAGUAUGACUUUGGCGGUGCUCAGAUCCCCUCCAGCUCGCCUAGUGCUCUCAAAGCCGUGGAAGAUGCAGGGAAGAAGAUCUUCGCAGUGUCAGGCCUGCUGUCAGACCGAGAAACCUCGUCCAGUCCGGAGGAUCGCAUUGAACGCUGUAAGAAGAAGGUGUCACUCUAUGACAGUCAGGCUCCCAUCUGCCCCAUCUGUCAGGUGCUGCUGCGUCCAGGAGAACUUCAGGAGCACAUGGAACAGGAGAUGGAGAGGCUCACCCACAUGCACAUCAGCAAGAACCCAUUACACAAGGACAUCAAUGCAGCUCCAGGCACACCGAAGUCUCUCCUGUUGUCAGUGCACAUCAAACGUGAGGGCGAGUCUCCAGUUGUGUCCCCGCUCUCCUCUGAUGAAGCUCACCAUUCUGACAGAUACCAGACAUUUUUACGAGUGCGAGCUAACAGGCAAACACGAUUGAAUGUCGAUGACCUCUGCUGGUGCAGGCGCUACGCCAAGGAAAGUUUCAAAAGUCCCCCAAUCCCAGUGCCCAGAAGAGUGCCCCUAGCUCCUUGCUGCCUGCGGCAUGCCCGGAUUGGGAAGAUGAAGCGCCGGAAGCCUGAGGAUGGACAGGUAUGUCCACUGUGCAGCACGCCGCUGACAGGGACAGAGGAGGAAAUGAGUAGGCAUGUGGAACAAUGUCUGUUCAAGAGGGAAGGUGCAACAGAAGAGGAUUCCGCAGAUGUUGAAGGAGAGAACGGAACGCGGUUUGAGGAGUACGAGUGGUGCGGACAGAAGAGGGUCCGAGCUACUACAUUACUGGAAGGUGGUUUCAGAGGAACAGGCUUUGCCAUGUGUAGGGCGAAGGAGAGCCAUGACAGUGAUGCAGACCUGGAUGUGGAUGGAGAUGACACACUGGAGUAUGGCAAAGCCCAGUACACUGAAGCAGACAUCAUUCCUUGUUCUGGAGAGGACCAGGGAGAGGCCAAAGAACGUGAGGCACUGCGUGGGGCUGUUUUGAAUGGUGGUGUGCCGUCCAAUAGAAUAACACCAGAGUUCUCAAAAUGGGCCAGUGAUGAAAUGCCAUCCACAAGUAAUGGCGAGAGCAGCAAACAGGAGCCAAGCUCUUCAUCUUUGUCCUCCACACCGAGGACCUGUAAAAACAGCGAGAUCGAGAAGAUCACAGAGGACUCCACAGCGACCACACUGGAGGCGCUAAAGGCCCGCAUACGAGAACUGGAAAAGCAGAUCCUCAGAGGAGAUCGAUACAAGUGUCUCAUAUGCAUGGACUCAUAUACAAUGCCACUCACCUCCAUCCAGUGUUGGCACGUGCACUGUGAAGAAUGCUGGCUAAGGACUCUGGGAAACAAGAAACUCUGCCCACAAUGCAACACCAUCACGUCGCCAGGGGACCUCAGGCGUGUGUAUUUGUGAGCAAAACAGCCCGAAUUUUUUUUUUGUUUGUUUUGUUUUACUUUUCGUUUCCAUUCGCGCUAGUGUUUUUGGUUUCCCCACUGCCUGAGGGAGUGAAGUAUCGGCCUGUCCAUGAGAGGCUCGAGCACCGACUCACACUGACU